AUGGUUCAAGACCAUCCUGCUCGAAUACUAGCUGAUACCGGUGCUGGUUUGUCCAUAGUUUCAGAUUCUUUCAUUAGUAAGUACCAAAUACCAACAAAACCCAUAAAAACAAGAUCGAUCCAUGGUGUCACCGGACACCAGCUAUCCAUCAAUAGUGCUGCGAGCAUGCAGGUAACUAUUGGUAACCACAAUCUGGGUGUGGUCGAAGCUUCAGUGGCCAACACUGCCGACUACGACCUCAUCCUAGGGUUCACUGAGCUAAGGAAGCUCAAGCCCACCAUACGAUGGGAUACGGGCCAGCUGGAGUUCAAGACUCAGGAGCAGGACCGACCCCCGAAGAGACCCCCUGAAGCAGCAGGGGCAGGGGACCUAACCAUGAGGAGACCAACCCUUCAUGGUAAUGAGUUUGUCUCAGCAGAGCGCAUACUACGAGCAGCUCUGGAAGAUGGACCCAUAGGGUUCAUGCUGUUGGAGGAACCACCAUCAUCACUCCCGGCCUUUGGUUUCGUACCUACAGGCACCGACAAAGGAAUCGAGAUGGAGGUGGAGGUGGACAAGGUGGUGACGGCUGCGGACAUACCAAAGCCAUACCAACACUUGAGAGAUGUGUUCGAUGAGGUGGAAGCAGACAAGCUGCCCCAUCAUACCGAGCAUGAUCUCCACCUCGAGCUGAUAGAAGGAGGCAAACCACCUCAAGGGCCUCUAUACCUUAAGGGACCCAAGGAGAUGUCCGAGUUGAGGAGGUACUUGGAUGAGAACCUCGAGAAGGGGUUCAUAAGACCAUCGAAGAGCCCAGCACGAUCACCAGUGCUCUUCGUACCAAAGAAGGAUGGAGGUCUCAGACUCUGUGUCGACUACAGAGGUCUCAACGAGAUCACUAUCAAGAACAGGGCACCAUUGCCCCUCAUCGAGGAGCAGCUGUUCUUGCUCAGGAAGGCAAGGAUCUAUACCAAGCUAGACCUUAGAGCAGCAUACAACCUCAUCCGGGUUGCUAAAGGAGAUGAAUGGAAGACAGCGUUUGGCACUCAGUUGGGACUCUAUGAGUACCUAGUGAUGCCCUUCGGCCUAGCCAAUGCUCCGGCUCACUUCCAAUCAUUCAUCAAUGUCAUCUUCCGAGACAUCAUUGGAGUAUAUGUGGUAGUAUACUUGGAUGACUUCCUGAUCUUCAGUGACACUGAGGAGGUACAUGUGAAGCAUGUCACCGAGGUCCUCACUCGCUUAAGGAGCAACAGGCUCUUUGCUAAGCUGUCCAAGUGUGAGUUCCACACCAAGACGGUGGAGUUCCUGGGUUACAUCAUCAAGCCAACGGGUAUUGAGAUGGACCCAGAAAAGAUACGGACUGUCAAGGAGUGGCCGAUACCGGCGUCUAUCCAUGACAUCCAACGGUUCCUGGGUUUUGCUAACUUCUACAGGAGAUUCAUAGCUCACUUCGCUCGGAUAGCCAAGCCAUUGACAUCACUGGUGAAGCCGACGGAACGCUUCAAGAAGAUUGAGUUGCCGGAGGAGGCCCAACAAGCCUUCCAUCAGCUCAUUCAAGCGUUCACAUCAGCAGGAGUGCUUCAGCACUUCGACUACCACCUUCCAACAAGGUUGGAGACCGAUGCAAGUGACUUUGCUAUAGCAGGAGUUCUCAAGCAGGAGCAUGAAGGACGAUGGCACCCAGUGGCUUUCUACUCCAGGAAGAUGUCUUCUGCCGAGAAGAACUACGAGAUCCAUGAGAAGGAGCUCCUAGCUGUGGUCGCCUGCCUCACUCAGUGGCGACACAUGCUAGCUGGACUACCUAGUCAACUAGUUAUCCUCACGGACCAUGAAGCCCUCAAGUACUUCAAGUCCCAGCGACGCAUCACUGGCCGACAGGCUCGAUGGGCAAUGAUACUAGCAGACUUCGACUUCAUCCUGCAGUAUCGACCAGGAUACAAAGGUGGUGAACCCGAUGCUCUCACCAGAAGGGCAGACAUGCAACCAGCUGGCGAAGAGCAGGAUCACAAUGUGAGGCAACUACUGCCUCCUCGGGUGUUUGCGGAAACAGCGGACCAUGACUCGACCCUAGUGGCUCCCAUGCUCUCGAUGGAGUCCAUAGCAUCGAAAGGGCUCAAAGACCUGGUCAAGAUCUUCCAGCCCUUAGAUCAAGAGCUACAGGAGAUACACUCGAAGAAGCCCUUCGAGCUCAAGGACGACCUAUGGUACAGUGGAGGAAGGUUAGUCAUCCCCAAGGUGACCAUGCCAGGGAGGACUAACAACCGACACUCAAGGAGUGCCAAGGAAGUAGAUGGACAGUCUCUCUCUGUAGAGCACCUGCGAUUCAUGGUGAUGACCCAAUGCCAUGAUGGUGUUACUGCUGGACAUGUAGGAAGAGAUGCUACCAUCAAGGCGGCUCAACGGCACUACUGGUGGCCAAACAUGACAGCUUGGAUUGCUGACUAUGUAGCUAGCUGUCCAGUUUGUGCGAGGUACAAAGCUCCUCGUCAUCGUCCGUAUGGCCUUCUACAGCCACUUGCCACACCAGACAGGCCCUGGGGCUCGAUAUCCCUCGACUUCAUUGAAGGACUACCACCUUCAAAGAACUAUGACUCCAUCCUCGUCAUUGUCGAUAGGCUGACCAAGUUUGCCAUCCUGGGCCCGACUCAUAAGACAGUCACGGCCAAACAGACUGCAGUGUUGCUAUAUGGACACAUGGUUAGACUCUUCGGAUACCCUGAUCACAUGGUCUCGGACCGAGGCAGGCAGUUCAUAUCAGGAGCAUGGAAAGCCUUUGCAGAGCAGAUGGGUGUGAAGCACUCACUUAGCACGGCUUAUCAUCCUCAAACUGAUGGUCAGACAGAGAGAGUCAAUCAGGUCGUGGAGCAGUACCUAAGGAUGUACUGCAACUAUGAGCAGAACGACUGGGCAGACCUGCUGGACACUGCAGCCUUCGUAUACAACAACACGGUCCACAACAGCAUUGGUGUCUCACCAUUCUUUGCAUGCUAUGGAUGGAACCCCAAAGCCCAUCCUGACAUCCCUCAACAACUAGGAGUCAAUGAUCCAGGUCGCUUCGAGUACCUCAUGGAUGGGAAGGAGCGUUGCAAGUAUCUUCAGGAGCAGAUCAGGGAGGCACAGCGUCGGACGGUGGACCAGUAUAACAGGAAGCACAAGGACAUCGAGUUUAAGGUGGGUGAUAUGGUCUAUAUCAACCGCCGGAACUGGAAGACCAGGCGACCUACACCAAAGCUGGAUACCCGGUUUGCAGGACCCUAUCCAGUCCAGGAACGAGUAGGACGCCGAGCAUACAGGAUCACAUUGCCAGCAAACCUUAGGGUUCAUGAUGUGUUCCAUGUCUCCAUGCUCGAGCCAGCAAAGACUAGCUCACUUCCUCACAGGACAGACCAGCCAAUCAUACCAUCACUUCCUGAUGAAGACCUCGACUUCGAAGUAGAAGCACUCAUUGACAAGCGCUCAUUCAAUGGGACUACGGAGUACAAGGUGUUGUGGAGAGGGUACUCAGAGGAAGCUGCUUCAUGGGAACCAGUAGAGAACCUCAACUGUCCCGACCUCAUCCAGGAGUAUGAGGUGUCGGAGGGGGGACGAGUGAGCGGAAGAAGGAGGAGAGAGCAGGAGGAGGAGUAA